AAACAGCCUUUGUUUCCGCACCAUUGAACAAAUUACUCAUUAACUACACACAGUACUAUGGGUUGUUUUAUCAAUAAAUCAGAGGAGUGCAGUUUAAAACAGCAUGUGAAGAGCGGUUAAACGCUGUAUGGUAUGUAGAAGAUUUGAACAUGUUGUAAAAAACUGGCUGGAGUAACACGUUAAAUAAAAGAGUUUUAGGACAGCGUUUGAGGAGUGGGUAUAAUUAUGUUGUGAUUUGGGGAGAAGAUUUGAACAUGUAGCAGAAAUAAUGACGAUUGAUUCUAUUGACUUUGGAGUUUCGAACGAGCGACGUUAGUGCGAUGAGAAACAAAAUAACCAGGGAAGAAAAUUAAAGAUGUACACAACUUUACCAAAAUCAUGGCGGGACGAAUUCGACGACAACGCCACGUUGACGGAACUCAACGACGCUUUGGUCACGCUACACCUUCCGGCCAUUGUCAUCUGUGCUACGCUUGCAGUGAUGGGCAUCAUCGGAAACUUGAUCGUGUUAAGCGUCUACAUACCCCACCCAAGCUCAUUUUCACGUGUGUUUAUUCUGUGGCUUGCUGUAGUAGACGUGAUAGCGUGCAGCGUCGGAACCCCUCUGCUGGUGUUUAGCAUGAUUCAUCCGUACCAGUUUCCGUCCGAGAACGUAUGCAAAACGUUACGUUUUGUCCACGUUUUUCUAGUGGCGACGUCAGUGUUUAUAUUUGUUAGUAUUGCCAUGGAAAGGCACCGGGCUAUCUGCAAUUUUGAGGUGGUUGAAAUGAAAACAAGGCGAAUGCAUGUCAUGUGUAUUGUGUCUUGUAUAAUGGGAGUUGUAGUGGCCGUCCCGGCUAUAUUUAUUUACGGAAUAAGGACAGUCAAAACUGGAGUUCACAAUAUCACAGGGACUGAAUGCUUUGUUGAAGACCACUUUAUACAAGCUGAUUCAAUAUGGCCCAAAAUAUACUUCCCAUUUCAAUCCAUAGUCGUGAGUAUAUCAUUUGCUAUAUUGCUUGUGCUGUACAUUCGGAUUGGACGACAGUUACAGUGGCAUCUGAAAUUCACGGGACGUUACACAGCAAGGUCUAAGUUAAACCAGUCAACCAAAUCAAGCCAGUCGGUGUGCAUAUAUGAACAAACCGACAGUUCGCCGAAAUUAAAGGCCGGAAGUAUGCUAAAGCUGACUUCUACGUCAGAUAGGACCGGAAGUACAUAUAGCCUCCAUACGCCCGUGGGGAAGGAGGCAUCCACCGCCAGUAGCCGCGUAAAUAGAGCCGCCCAUGAGAUGACCAGCAUGUUUUGUUGGUUGACGGCCGUUUUCGUGCUCUCUUUCAUUCCUCACCUUGCUAUUAUCAUUUACUCAACAUUUCGGACUGAUUUUGCACAGGAUAUGACGUCAUCACAGGUUGUGGCGUAUAACAUAUUUUUGAGAUCGUUUGCUGUCAAUAACAUGGCAAAUCCGCUCGUGUAUUUCACAUGUGUACGUGACUUUCGACGAGAUUUUAAGAAUUUACUUAGCAAUAUUUUCUGUAGCUGCAGGAGAUAAUGACCGUAGUUAAAUAAAAAAUGGGACACAUGUAAAUGGACACAGGGAUAAUUGUUCCGACCUUUAGCGAAGAGUAUGUGUAGUUAUACUAAAUAGUCAUUUCCUUCCAUCAGUGAAUACAGUUGGGAGUCACUUUGAAAUUGUCAAUGUCACACACCUUAAGGUCAGUAUAUAAAGUACGGAGAUCGCGUCCUCUCUAGAGCUGUCUCUGGUAGUACAUGAUUCUUUGACAAUCUCGUAUAAAAAGUGCAAUAUUAUUGUAUGUUUCUGUGUUUUGUAAAAGCGAAGGGUUAUCUCAAAAUUAGAUGGAAUUGAUUAAUCCGAAUUAAUGUAAAUGAUCUCAUUUUUGGAAAAAUAAUACAAUCUUAUGUACCAGUGGUCUCGGGAUGGGUUUUCUUGAGUCAGAGUGUGCAUUAUGUGCCGAUUCUUAAUUUGCAUUCUUGGCCCAUAUGCACUUAUAUCUUUAGUCUUAGUCUGCACUCUGUGCCCAUAUGCAGUAACGUCUUAAGUCUGAGCUCAUUCUCGAUCCAUAUGCACUUACGUCUUAGUAUGAGUAUGUAUUCUGGGUCCAUAUGCACUAAUGUCUUGUGUCCGAGAGAGCAUUCUGGAUCCAUAUGCACUAACGUCUUGAGUCUGAGAGAGCAUUCUGGGUCCAUAUGCACUAACGUCUUGAGUCUGAGAAUGCAUUCUGGGUCCAUAUGCACUAAUGUCUUGUGUCCGAGAGAGCAUUCUGGAUCCAUAUGCACUAACGUCUUGAGUCUUAGUGUGCAUUUUGGGUCCAUAUUCCCUGAGUGAGCAUUUUGGGUCCAUAUGCACUUACGUCUUAAGUCUGAGUGUGCAUUCUGGGUCAUGUGCACUAACGUCUUUAGUCUAAGAGGUUUUAUUUUUAUGUUUUAAGAACAUAUUCAAUCGCAUAUUACUUUAUGUGUUUAAUAAGUUUUAUGUUAGUGUUUUUCUGUAAUUGCGAAUUAGCGCUUAAAGAAUAUACUGCAGUAGUGUUUGUUUAUGAAGGAAUUCAAUUUUUUGCAUGUCAAUUCGGGUAGUAUAGCCAGAUAUCAAAAAACAAUAUAAUUUAAAUAAUACUAUCGGUUUGGGCAUCAACAUGGCCAGCAAGCUGUGCUGUUUGACAUCAAGAAUUUGUGCAAGCCCUGAAAGCUUUUUUUCUAGUUUUAAGUGCGUUUGCUUGUUGGCUUUUACAUGUUUUAGGAACUUUACUUGUCUGCAUACUAUUUGUUUUUGUUUUUAAAUUUCCGCACGUAGGUUGUACAUAUUUGCUUACUGUUCGUCAGGGUAACUUACAGUUAAUGUUUAAAAUUGAUUAUACAAAGUAAUGUCUUUGCAAUAAUAUUUUAUUUGCUCAGUUUUGGAAACAUUUGUUUUAUAUAUGUUGGAAUAAAUUCACAAGCUUU